AUGAUGCGACUGCGAGGUCCAGUUUGCAGUUGCUGCAAAGCGAGACCGUAUUUUGGAAUGCCGGGAGAUGCGCGGCCCUCUUGCUGUGCGAACUGCAAGACGGCUGACAUGGUGGACAUCAAAAAUCGCAAGUGUACAUGUGGCAAAACGCAGCCUUUUUAUGGAGUGCCUGGAGAUACACAGCCCUCUUGCUGUGCCAAGUGCAAGACAGCUGACAUGGUGGACAUCAGGAGUCGCAAAUGCACAUGUGGCAAAAGGCAGCCAUUUUUUGGACUGCUGGGAGAUGCACGCCCCUCUUGCUGUGCCAAGUGUAAAACGGCAGACAUGGUGGCGAUUGGCAAACGCGCAUGCAAAUGCGGAAAAACAUGGGCAGCUUUUGGCCUGCCCGGAGAUGCACGCGCUUCUUGCUGUGCUGCGUGCAAGACAGCAUAUAUGAUGGACAUUGUGAGUCCUAAGUGCUCCGUGUGUGGCAAGCAUGCUGUCUUUCCAGAUGCAUUUGGCAAACCACGGCAGCUUUGCGCGGUGCAUUCUGCGGAGGUUGGCGCGCACCUGCUGUCUUCUCCGCGGUACUCGCGUGUGUCGAACGACUGCUUGGAUGCGUUGGAAGAAGAAACUGGCCACGAGUUUCCCUUCCGCUACCGAUUGGAUAAGACAACGGGGACAUGGUCUGGCAGCGAGUUUGCGGGGCUGAUUCCUGGCCGGGCGCUGCAGCCUGAUGCAUACAACCCGCGGCGGCGUGAAGUCGUGGAGUUCUUGGGGAAUUACUACCAUGGCUUCCCACCAGAUCACCCGCAGCACAGCAGCUUCGUGUGUGUGGGCGGCCGGCCUGCUUUGGAGCUCUACCAGGAGACCAUGACACGCCUGGAUUUGUUCGUGGCGGCGGGGCUGCGGGUCUCUUACGUCUGGGAGCAUGAGUUUACGGAGUGGCAGAAGGCUGCCGCAGUCAGCACAGCCCUGCCGAUCUCCAGCAUCCUUCGUCCACACAAUCGCACAUGGCCCAGAUAG